GAUUCAAUAUGGCCGGUGUAUUUGGAUGUGUAUUUGGAUCAUGCAUUGCAGUAUGAAAGUGUCAGGCUGAUUAUUAACUUGAAUUACAAAUUUUUAGGAUUGUUUUCUUGUUUAAUGAAAAGCUGAAAAAACCAAUAUGAAUAUUACAUCUGCUGCAGGUAUAAUAUCCCUCCUUGAGGAGCCAAUGCCGGAGUUGAAAGUGUUUGCUUUAAAAAAAUUAGAUGUUAUAGUUGACGAGUUUUGGCCCGAAAUUUCUGAAGCUAUCGAAAAAAUUGAAAUACUUCAUGAAGACAAAAACUUCAAUCAUCAUGAACUUGCAGCUUUAGUUGCGAGUAAAGUUUAUUAUCAUCUUGGAAGUUUUGAAGAUUCUCUCACUUAUGCUUUAGGGGCAGGAGAAUUAUUUGAUGUCAAUGCUCGAAAUGAAUAUGUUGACACAACAAUAGCUAAAUGUAUUGACUUUUAUACACAACAACGUGUGUUAGAAGCCGAAGGAAAAUUAUCCUUAGAUAAUAAAGGCAUAGAUCCCAGAUUGGAAGGAAUCGUCAAUAGAAUGUUUCAACGAUGUCUUGACGACAAUCAGUAUCGCCAAGCAUUAGGACUCUCGCUUGAAACUAGGAGGAUGGAUAUAUUUGAAGCAGCUAUUAUGCAAUCCGAUGAUGUUAGUGGUAUGUUAUCGUAUGCUUUUCAAGUGGUAAUGAGUUUAAUCCAGAAUCGUGGUUUCCGAAACACUGUUCUGCGAUGCUUGGUUUCACUGUACCGCAAUUUGGGAACUCCUGACUACGUAAAUAUGUGUCAGUGUUUGAUUUUUCUUGACGAUCCGUUGGCAGUAGCUGAACUCUUAGAUAGGUUGAGUAAAGGAUCUCAAGAUUGCGUUUUAAUGGCCUAUCAAAUAGCAUUUGAUCUUUAUGAAUCUGCAACUCAACAAUUUCUUGGGCGUGUUCUACAAGCAUUAAGAGCUACUGCCCCUAUUCCAGGCGCUCUUAUGGUUAAACCAAUUGUCAAACCAACAAACGUCAGUACUCCUGAAACAGUUACUAAUUCCGUUUCCGUUUCCGUUUCUGCAGAAGUUGAAAAUAAAGUAAAGGUCACGGAGGAAGUUUCCCAACGUAGUAUAGACAGUUUGAAUUCAGAAGAACGAGAACAACAAGAAAGAGUUGAUGCUUUAUCCAGUAUUUUGGGAGGUGAAGUGUCCAUUGAUUUACACUUACAAUUUUUAAUUCGUAGUAAUCAUACUGAUAUGCUGAUACUAAAAAAUACUAAGGAUGCAAUUCGUGUUUCAAUAUGUCAUACCGCUACUGUUAUUGCCAAUGCCUUUAUGCACUCUGGUACUACCAGUGAUCAGUUUCUUAGAGAUAAUUUGGAAUGGUUGGCUCGAGCUACCAAUUGGGCAAAACUUACUGCAACUGCUUCCUUGGGAGUGAUUCAUAGAGGACACGAACAAGAAGCUUUAGCUCUAAUGCAGUCUUACUUGCCCCGUGAUACUGGUGCUGGAGCAGGUUAUUCAGAAGGCGGUGGAUUAUAUGCGCUUGGUCUUAUUCAUGCAAAUCAUGGAGCAGCCAUUACCGACUAUCUACUUGGUCAGUUAAAGGAUGCUCAAAAUGAGAUGGUGCGACAUGGAGGCUGCUUAGGUUUAGGAUUAGCUGCCAUGGGAUCUCAUAGACAGGACGUGUACGAGCAGUUAAAAUUUAAUCUGUACCAAGACGAUGCGGUAACUGGUGAAGCGGCUGGUAUUGCUAUGGGGAUGGUAAUGUUGGGUUCAAAAUCAACUCAAGCUAUUGAAGAUAUGGUUGCGUAUGCACAAGAGACUCAGCACGAAAAAAUUUUACGGGGACUUGCCGUCGGAAUAGCUUUUACCAUGUACGGUCGUCUCGAAGAGGCCGAUCCUUUGGUGGCUUCUCUAACUGCUGACAAGGAUCCUAUUCUUCGAAGAAGUGGAAUGUACACUUUAGCCAUGGCUUAUUGCGGGACAGGAAAUAACCAAGCUAUUCGCAAAUUGCUUCACGUUGCUGUUUCAGAUGUGAACGAUGACGUAAGACGUGCUGCAGUUACAGGUCUAGGAUUUCUUUUAUUCAGGACCCCAGAGCAGUGCCCCAGUGUAGUAUCUCUUUUGGCAGAAAGUUACAAUCCACAUGUCAGAUAUGGUGCAGCAAUGGCGUUAGGAAUUGCUUGUGCAGGUACUGGAUUGAAGGAAGCAAUUGUACUUUUGGAUCCAAUGACUAAUGACCCAGUUAAUUUCGUAAGACAAGGAGCUUUAAUCGCCUCUGCGAUGAUUCUGAUCCAACAAACCGAGGCUACGUGUCCUCGAGUUAAAGAUUUUCGUUCCCUGUAUGCCAAAGUUAUUGUGGACAAACAUGAAGAUGUUAUGGCAAAAUUUGGUGCUAUAUUGGCUCAGGGCAUAAUUGAUGCAGGUGGCCGUAACGUAACUGUUUCACUUCAAUCCAGGACUGGACAUACAAAUAUGUUAGCUGUAGUUGGAGCUUUAGUAUUUACUCAGUAUUGGUAUUGGUAUCCUCUGGCUCAUUGUUUAGCAUUGGCUUUUACUCCUACUUGCAUAGUAGCUUUAAAUGUUCAGCUAAAAAUGCCUAAGUUGGAAAUAAAGUCAAACGCACGCCCCAGUAUUUACGCUUAUCCGGCGCCCUUAGAAGAAAAGAAACGAGAGGAACGAGAGAAAGUGACUACAGCUGUGCUGAGUAUAGCAGCUCGUGCUAGAAGGAGAGAAUCGGAAAGACGUGCUCGAGACACCCAUGAAAAAAUGGAUGUGGAUGUAUCAACUACUGAAAUAAAAGAAAUCGCGGAAGUCAAAGAGACAGGCUCAAAAGAUAAAGAUGAGAAAAAGAAAGAUAAAGAAGAAAAAGAAUCCAAGGAUGUUAAAGAAAAGAAAGGAAAAGAGGAGAAAGAUGAAAAACUCGAGAGGAAGGAAUCAGAACCAAGUUUUGAAAUUCUACAAAAUCCAGCACGAGUUCUUCGUCAACAGAUGAAAGUGGUACAGUUAGUUGAAGAUAGUCGUUAUAUUCCUGUUAAAGAUAUUCAGAUAGGAGGAAUAGUUAUGGUUAAGCACAUUCAAACAGGCAAGGAGGAAGAACUUGUGGAACCUGUCGCUGCGUUUGGUCCAAAACCAGAUGAAGAGAAAGAAGCAGACACUCCAGAGCCAUUUGAUUAUACUGAGGAAUAAACUUAAUAAAUUAUUAUUCAUCUUCAGUAAGAUAAGUAAAUACAAUAAAAUAUUCAUUCAUAUAUAACGAUCACAAUGUAUUACAUUUACUAAAAUUUGUAAUAAAAGUUAUCAAUAAAAAAAACUCACUAAAA